CUCCCGAUACGCAAGUUUGGCAAAACGAUUAUCUCCAAGGAACGGGAUGCGAGAUGUAUACAGAAACGUUGUCCACCUCUUUCACUGGCAUGUCGUUCACCCAGGCUAGCGAGUUGUGUUUCAUCAAACUCAAACUUCUACUGCUAGCGAUAGAGGUACGGGGUUCCGAGGGAGCAGAAACAAAAAUUUCGAUAAAUCCAAGAGGGGCAAAAAUCGUUGCCAAUACUCAGGGAUUUUUUAUUGCACAAUCAGCGGAUGAAGUGAAAAGAGCAUGGUACUACUGCAAGGCCUGUCAUGAAGACAUCAAAGAUGAAACACUAAUCAAGAAAUGCAAAUGUAAAAACUGUAAGUAUAAACUUUUUAUAUUUAAUCUAAAUAUAAAAUAUUUUAUUAUGUACAUUUACUAA